GUCUACGUGUUCCUGGCAUGGUCAGUAGGGCUCUGCCUGACAUGAACAACGUAUAAUGUCGAGUUCAUUCUCCCCUGAAUCUUAUUGAACCACCUAUUCUGGAUGCCAUUUCCCACCUUGGAAAAUGCUCCAUUCUGACUAGGAUGUGAUAAUGCCCAGGUAGCCUCACACCUCGUCCUAGCAUCAAGCUGGCCUCUCGAACGUUGCAAUGUCGUGAAGACAGUUCUCAAGCACAUUUGUCAGAAAUCGCGAAUCCGCGUUUUCGCGAGUUUAUUGUUGUAAGAAUCCCAUUUUCCCACUGCGCGUCAUCGGAGCCAUUUUUAAGGUUGGCUUGGUCCUACCUCAUCAACAUUCUGACGCCGACGUUUGCUCCUGUUCAGCAUUCCAACGCUUUCGUUUGGUCCCUUUCAGCGCAUACUAUAUCCGAGCGACCUCGCAGCAGACCCGUGCAUUUGCAUUCCAAAUUUAACAGUCGUCUUUAUUCUCUGCUCAUUCUUCGUCUCAGCGUAGCCUCAUUUAUCAUUGCUGCACCAUCGGCCUGCUGUUUUACUUGAUUCAUCUGGCAUCGCUAACCUGGAGCUUGCCUGGAAGGGACUCCUGAAAAAUACAGGAUCAUAGGAUGAUAGGAUGAUAAGAUGAUAGGAUAAGGCAACGGAAGGCCUGUCUAACGGAUAUAAGCCAGCGUCGGCAGACUGCCAGCUUAAAUUCCACACAUGGAGCAGCAGCGAGUGGUAGCCGCCGGCUCUCACCAUCCCAGGCUGAACGGACAUCCGGAGAGCGGAAAAGCAGAGAGCGGGCGAGUAGCAGGAGGGAGACGGGAGAGCAGGGCCGCUGGACCACGGAGGAGCGCCAGCGGGCUGUCUCUUCAUUCUGCCGCGUCCGCUGCUGCUUCUUCCGCUGUUGUUGCUUCUACCGCUGCUGCUGCUUCCGCUGCUUCUUCCGCUGCUGCUGCUUCCGCAGCUGCUGCCGCUUCGGUUGCUGCUGCUUCCUCUGGUGUUGCUGCAGCUGGCAGGAUGAAUGGAGAGCGGGGCGUAGGAGAGUCGGGGGGGCCUGGCAACGGAAUGGCUGGCGGCGAGGGGACAGCGGAGGGGGGGGGAUCGGGUCACGGGAGGAAGCAUAGCAGGGUCUCGACCAUGACGCACUUGCUGGACUCUGAGCUGCUGCAGCUAGAGGCGGACAUGGCCCGGGAGCUGGCUCGGCAGGAGAAGCUGGCAGACGUCAUCGCCAUUGCUGGGGGCGACAUGCCGCAGCUGCCAGUGCAGGAGCUAGAGGACAAGGAGGAGCGGCAGCUGCACCGGGAAGUUACCCAUUUGGGCGGCGAGCUGCAGUCGAUGCGCCGGGUGCUGCUGGACCUGAACGUGGAGAGCUACAACGCAGAGAUGGCUCUGGAGCACGUGCACUGGCAGGUGGACUCGUUUGACGCCGUCAAAGCCAUGCACAGCACGCAGUUCCACCUCCUGCAGCUGAUGGCACAGACUGAGGUGCUCAAGGACCUGCUGCAGACGGAGAAGGCGGAGAACGAGCACGUCGACAGCUUCGUCCGCCUCGCCCUAGCCGACCUCGAAGCCAGCGGGCCCAACAGCUUCCUCCUGGAAGCUUCUUCGGUGGACCUGUUGGAAACCCUGACUGCCUGCUACAUCAACCAGGGGUCCGGCUACACCCCCCUGGCUCGGAUUAGUGGCAUGGGGUUUGGUGCUGCUACAGCCGGGCAUGGGGAUGAGGAAGAGGAGGAGGAGAAUGAGGAGGAGGGGGAGAGGGGCCGUUAUGGACAUGGGCAUGGGGGGAGGUAUCAUGGGGAUGACAGCGUAGCUGCAGGGUCUCGGGGGGGUGGCAGCGGCAGGCGGAGCAGCAGCAACGCCAGCAGCAGGAGAGUUGCUCGCUCGCACAGCACCAAUUCAGCUGGCCUUCUAGGUGGAGCCAGCAGGAGCGGGCACACAGACCUGGGGUCAGGGUUUGAAGGCGAGGGGGAGGGCUCAUCUGGGGGAGGCAGUCCUGCUGCAGGGAUUGGGGGCCAGGGGGCAAGAGCGGGUCUCGCUUUGGUGUCUGAGAGGGUUAAGUCUCGAAGUCUGCGCCGCCACCGCAGCAGACACUCAGACGAUGGGUUCGAUCCGAGCCGUCUGGGCGGCAGCCCGGGCCGCUACAGUCCAGGGCAUGCCGCCCUUGAGCUUGUUGGUAGUGGGUCGCCGCCCCUGGGGUCUAACUCUCCGCCCCUCGCUUCUCGCUCGUUCACCCACCAUGGGGGUGCGGCUAGCAAGCUGUCUCAGGAAGGACCAGGGGGGACGGGAGGGGGGUACGCUGAUGAUGACGAUGAUGGAUCAGUAGGCAGUGAGGAUGAGGAGGAGUAUCAGCGUCUACUGGGACUGGAAGGCUCAGAAAUGCAGCAGCAGCUCCUUGGUCAGCAGCAGCAGCAGCAGCAGUCGUUGGUUCGCCGCUCAGCCACGGCACCGAUCAAGACUCUCAGGUCCGGAGCCUCCCCGGGCCUGACGGGAGGCUUGGGAAGCACGAAGGAGCGGGAGGUGCGGAAGAGUGGGUCGGACGAGGCGGAGGAAGGGGGGAGGGGGAGGAGGAGGACAGGGGGGGGAGGUACCGUUCUGCCUGUGAUGUCAAGGCUGUUGGACCCGGAUGGAAUACUGCAGCCUCACGAGAGCCACCUGGGAGAGUCUUCUCUGAAUGCUUCUCCUGCCCGUUCAGGCGAUCCGUCCUUGGAUCCGAUGGCCCAGCUCCCUGGUCUCACUCCCAGCAUGCUGCUCUCUGCCAGCCGCAGCCCCGACCGGCCCCGCCCUGCCCCCCGCCCGCGCCCCCCUAUAAGCAAGUUCGCCUCGUCCCCCACCUCGGCCCUCAAUAGCAGCGCUUCCCCAUUCAGUAGCAGCAUUGCUGGCGUGGGGGCUGAUAGGCCCUCCGCUGCAGCUUUAGGGGGAGCAGGAGCGCCAGCACCAGGAGCAGGGGGAGCAGGGGGAGCAGCAGGGCCCUACCCCUCACAUGAACCCAUGCCCAGUGCUAUUCCCAGAACCCGCUCCGCCGGACCUGACUUCCUGGAACAAUGCUCGGCCGGGGCUGGAGGUCCGGUAGCCGGGCUUGCAAAGGCAGAGAGGUCUAGAGAGAGACCGCGGAGCGGCAGUGGGGGGAAGGGGGAAGGGGGGGGGGCUAGAGGGGGCAGCAGCAGGGCGGGCUCGUGGGGGUCUGCAGGGUCGCUGGGGGAGCUCAUGGGGGAGGAGGACUUAGAAGCGUUCAUGGAUUAUGAAAGCCAGGGGGGGUCAGGUACGGAUGUGAGGAGACGCACCAGGGCAGGCAGAGGGGGGGUGCUGGGGGGAGAGAGAGCGGGCGGAGGAGGAGGAGGGGAGGGUGGAGGUGGAGGGAGGGAGGGGGCAGUGCGAAGGGAGAGAUCGUUAGGGGAGAUUUUUGACUCGGUGGUGUCGUCGAGUGAAGCUGAGAUGGCGGAUAAGCGGAGGGACAGGUGGCGCCGAUCCAAGGACAAGAUCCUACGGUCGAAAGGCCGCAGGAGUGACAAGGCUGGAGCUGCUGCUGCUUCUGCUGCUGGUGGUGCGUCUGGUGCUGCUGGUGGUUUUGGAGGGAAGCAUGACAAGGCGCACGGCACAGAAGCCGAUUUCUAUGAUGAGUUUGAUGAGGUUGACACAGGGGCGGAGGAGGGCAGGCGCCGGCCAUCUAUGGCGUCAGUUGACUCCCUCAGUCGCUGGAACUCUGUCCCCGAUGACUGGAUCGACUUGAGCGCUCCUGCUGCUACUGCUCCCGCUGCUGCUGCUGCCGAGCAGGCAGAUCAGCAGUGGGAUGGGGAGAGGGAGAAGGCUGGCACGGCCAUUACUGCAGCAGCAGUGGCUGCAGCAGCAGAGGGCAGUCCUGGGGAAGAGCUGUUAACAGUGGAGUCGGCCCCGGCCCUAUUUGUGGGGUUCCAGGCCGGGGCAGAGGAUGGUGGGCUGGAUAGUAGCAGCAGGAAACCCGUGCCCGUGACAGGGGUGGGUCUGACAGGUCUGGGGCCGGAGGACGGGCGGCGUACUGCGUCUUCUUCACCACCAUCAGCAGCAGCAGCUGCAGCAGGGGCUGGCCCAACAUCAAGCUCUGCAGCAGCUGUAGCAUCAGCAUCAGCAUCAGCAGCAGGAGGGGGAGCAGGAGGAGGGGCAGCAGCAGCAGCAGCAGCAGUUGGAGGGGGGCCAGGGCUGUCCUUAUCAGUGAGUCGAACGCGGUCGGCGGAGGGGGCUCGAGCGCCAGUGGUGGGGCACAGGAGCGCACGGAGCAUCUCCGAUAUGCCGCCCCGCAUCCCCCGCACCGUCUCCCUUGCCGAUGAGACUUCUGGGACCUACGGUGGUGGUGCUGGGUCUGUGCCUGCCGGGGGUUCUGCUGCUGCUGCUGCAGGUGGUAGUGGCGCCGGUGCUGGUGCUGGUGCUGCUUCGGCUGCGUAUAUCCGAUCGAGUGGAUUGAGAAAGGCACUGGCCAAGUCCAUCUCGCAGAAGCUCGCUCGCAACAAGACCCGCACACCCUCUCGCACCACCUCCAAUGCCACCACUGCCACUACCUCCGCCUCCACCCCUCUCACUCUCGAGCUAGAGGACCUCCGAGUCCGCCCCUGCGAGCUGUCAGAGGAGAUGCUGCGAUCCAUCGGCGCCAUCUACCUCUCCCACGCUUACCCCGCCCUCUGGGGUGCAGGGGAAGGCCGCAGGGCCGCGGCUCUGCUAGCUUCCGAGCAGAAGCGGGUGGCGACUGACGAGAAGAUCGAGAAGAUCCUCGAUCCGACGGCUCUCGAGGUGCUCGCGGUUUCGUCUCGUAGUAGCCCGGGCGGGAAGAAGGUGGGCGGCGGGGUGCGGACGAGGAAGAAGUCGGAGGAUCCGUGGGAUGUGGUGGCGGCUGCGCUGGGCAGUGUGGGGCCGGGGGGGGCAGGGGGAGGCGAAUCUGGUGCAGGUGGUAUCUGUUUGUCGCCGCAGCCUAUCACUGGGUCUGGGUCGGGGUCAAGCCAGGGGGAGACGGGAGGGAGCGGUAGCCCUCAGUAUUACUCUCAGUCCCACUCCCAGCACCAGCAGUACCAGCAGCAUAGCCCUCUGUCGCCUGGCAGCAACGCCACAACACCCUCAGCAGCAGCAGCAGCAGCAGCUGCAGGUUCACCAGUCACGGCAUCUCCCUCUGUCACCUCCUCGCCCUCCUCCUUCUCCUCCCUCGCCUCUGCCUCCUCCCUCCCCUCCUCGUCCUCCUCUCUCCCCUCCUCGUCAUACUCCAGUAUCAGGAAGGGCGAGGCAGGCUCCCGCUCCCGAAGGGCGUCAGGGGCAGCAGCAGUCCCAGCCACCCCCCGCACCGCCUGGCUCCGUGCCUCCCUUGCUGUCUUCCAGAACGCAGAAAAGUGCGGGGGGGCAGGAGGGGUAGGGGGUGGAGGAGGAGGGGGAGAGGUGGGGGGGUAUGGGGAUGGGCUGGGGGGGGAGCUCGGGGGGAUAGCAGGGAGUGGGGCGGUGGCAGCAGGGCUGCAGUAUUCGGCAACGAGGAGUAACAGCUAUGGCAGUGGGAGUGGGUACGGCAGUAGUGGCAGCUUUAGAGGCAGUACUGGCGCUGGUGGUUCCGGUGGUGGUGCUGGUGGUGCUGCUGGUGGUGCCGGUGGUGGAGGUGGUGGUGCUACUGCUGCUGGCGCUGGGGCAGCAGGGGCGUUGUUCAGCUCAGCAGCAGACCCUUCUUCCAUCACUCAUGCCAGCACCGACCACCACUCGUCUCACACCAUCACUCGAACCUCCUCCACCCCUGCCUUCCAUACAAGCGGCCCCUUUACAACCCCAGCAUCAUCAUCCGCAGGGGCAGCAGCAGCCUUCCCCGCAUCCUCCUCCCCUUUCCUUGCCACGCCCGCUGCGCCCAUGGGGGGGGGAAUAGCAGUGGGGAGUGCGGCGAACACUGUGGAGGGGUUCGUGGACCCCUAUGGGGUGCUGGAAUUCCACCCCUGCCCGCCCGUGGGGGCGUAUGGAGCCGCCAUGGAGGUCACUGCGGUGCCGAGUGAUGACAAGUACAGCAACGUGGACAUCUUCUCGCUCUGCAGAUACCGGAUGCUGGCAGAGCAGCUGUCUGACUUGGACCCCUCGUAUCUCUCAGAGGAUGAGAAGCUCGCAUUCUGGCUCAACCUCUACAACGCCCUGCUGCUGCAUUCGUUCCUCAUCAACGGCUAUCCAACAACGCACGCCAAGCGCAUCUCCAUGCUCAGUCAGGCCACGUUCAUAAUUGGCAACCUUCCCAUCAACGCCCUUGAGAUUGAGUUUGCUGUGCUUAGGGCACCCACCUACCGAUCCUCUCUGGCCAAGGCACUCAAGAGCCGCCCCUUUGCCUAUGACGACCCCAGGGUGGCAUGGGCGCUCACAGUGGGGGAGCCGAAUGUGUCCUUCGGCCUCUGCCCCGGCAGCUUCUGCGCUCCUGCGCUGCGGGUGUACUCUGCCCGCAGCGUCCAUGCCGAGCUGGAGGAGGCAAAGGAUAACUUCCUGGAAGUUGCCAUCGGCAUGAGCCGCGAUGACCGGAUUAUCCUCCCCAAAAUUCUCGAUUGGUACUGCCCUGAUUUCACGGAUUCUCUGCCUGCUCUGCUGGAGUGGGCCCUCAACCAGUUGCCGCCCGCCCCGCGUGUUGCCAUUGCCAAGCGCAUGGCUCAGAAGCGCAACCCGACAAUAGAGCAGUGUGUCGAAGUGGCUUCCUAUGACUGGUCCUUCCGAUAUUUAUUGGACCCAAGGUCACUCACGAUUGGCUCCGAUUCGUUCUAGCUUCACAAGAAGCUACAUUGUUUUAUCACAUAUUUGCCUCCUGUCUUAUGGGGAACUUUUACCAGAAUAUAUAUACAGGGAUGCUAUUUAUAGCUGUUGUGACGGAUUAGUGUACACAUUAAUCCGCGUUAUACGAGCUCAU